AUGGAUGUAAAAAAUGCAUUUCUUAAUGGUGAACUAACAGAAGAAGUGUAUAUGCAACCUCCACCUGGGUAUAAUCAUCCUCCAAAUAAAGUUUGUAGACUCCGCAAAGCUCUUUAUGAUCAAGGUUGUAACUUACUUUUACUUUAUGUGGAUGACAUGAUAAUUACUGAUGAUGACACAAAUAGAAUCCGUGAUCUAAAGAAUUUUCUACAUCAACGAUUUGAAAUGAAAGAUCUUGGAAAGUUAAAUUAUUUCUUGGGACUUGAAAUAGCUUCUAACAAAUCCAGUUACUAUUUAUCACAAACUAAGUACGCAACUGAUCUCAUAUCUCGGGUUGGUAUUAUUGACACAAAAGUUGUUAGCACACCCUUUGACUCCACAGAACAUUUGGCUGCUACUGAUGGUUCUUCCUGA